AUGCCGCAGGCUGAGCGCCCUGCGUGCAGGUCAGCCCCCCGGGUGCUUCCCCCGAGCAGCCGUCACCAGCCUCCACCUCCAGACCGCUUUCCCUCGUCCCCAGGAGCUGGGGAAAACGGAGGACUGGCAGAACUGCCCAUCCUGGUGGGAGGGCCGGUGGCCGCGGGGGAGCUGGAGGAGAAGAGGUGCCGCUCAGCCCCUAAAGCCGUCCUCGGUCCGGAGAUUGCACCAGCUCCCUUUAACCUGCGCCCUGGGCCGGAACGCUCAGCUCCGGAGAAGGGCGGGCCCGAGGGCCGGGAAUCUCGGAAAGGGCGGGUUUCGCGCGCGCGGCGCGGGCCUUCCCAGCGGGAGAGGGAGGCCGGACCCAGACAGACCAACAGGAAGCGGAGCGCGGCCGGGCUGGCGGGUGGCGUUUGGGGUCCGCAGCCGCGUCUCCAGGGCUGCGGGCAGGCCGAGGGUAGGCGGGCGGGGACGGAGUCUGAGCCCUUUCGCCUACGGUCCCAGCCGGGAACAAGGGGCGUCCUGACCGGGCGGGACCCCGAGUCCCGGUCCUCUGGGGAACGCGCCGACGGAACCCCCCGAGCUGGGCGCGCACCCGGGACGGCGCCCAGGGUCGAGCACAGGUUCUCCAGGCUCCUCUGCACAGGGUCUUCCUGCUGCCCCCCUCCCAGUCCUGGCCUUUUCCUUCCCCAGCCCUGUUGCAACUCUGAUCUGUCCAGCUGAGGCUCUGGGCUCUGUGG